ACAUGGCGGCUGCAGGACCUUUAUCCAGAGUGUUCAGACUGAGCUCCAUCAUCUGCAGGAGGAACCUGAGGUUGUGUCUCGGCAGGAGCUCACUCAGACGGGGGAUCGCUUCAUGUGUUGACCCUGCUCACGGACUCAGCGAUGAACAGAGGGAGUUCCAGAAAGUAGCCUUUGACUUUGCAGCCAAUGAGAUGGCUCCGCACAUGGCAGAGUGGGACCAGAAGGAAAUCUUUCCGGUGGAGACGAUGAGGAAAGCAGCACAGCUCGGGUUUGGAGGGAUCUACGUUCAGCCAGAAGUUGGAGGAUCGGGUCUUUCUCGCCUGGACACGUCGGUCAUCUUCGAGGCUUUGUCCACGGGAUGCGUCAGCACCACAGCGUACAUCAGUAUCCACAACAUGUGCGCCUGGAUGAUCGACACGUUUGGCAACAACGAGCAGAGGGAGAGGUUCUGUCCGGAUCUCUGCUCCAUGGAGAAGUUGGCUUCCUAUUGUCUCACUGAACCAGGCAGCGGCAGUGAUGCUGCAUCAAUUUCGACCUCUGCUCAGCGGCAAGGUGACCACUACAUCUUGAACGGCACCAAGGCCUUCAUCAGUGGAGGAGGAGACACGGACGUUUACGUUGUGAUGUGCAGAACCGGAGUUAAAGGUCCUAAAGGCAUCUCGUGUGUGGUGGUGGAGAAGGGAACUCCAGGCCUCAAUUUUGGCAAAAAAGAAAAAAAGGUGGGUUGGAACUCUCAGCCGACCAGAGCGGUGAUAUUUGAGGACUGUGCUGUUCCAGUGAGCAACCGGCUCGGGGAGGAAGGUCAAGGCUUCAGCAUCGCCAUGAAAGGCCUGAACGGAGGCAGGAUUAAUAUCGCUUCCUGUUCUCUGGGGGCGGCUCAUGCCUGUGUGCAGCUUGCCAGGGAUCACCUGCUGGUGCGCAAACAGUUCGGAGAGACACUUUCCAGCAACCAGUUUCUUCAGUUCAAACUGGCAGAGAUGGCGACCAAGCUGGUUGCGUCUCGCCUCCUGGUGCGUGAAGCUGCCACGGCGCUGCAGGAGGGCCGAUCCGAUGCCGUGUUUCUCUGCUCCAUGGCCAAGCUCUUCGCGACGGACGAGUGCUUUGAUAUCUGUAACCAGGCGCUUCAGAUGCACGGCGGCUACGGUUACCUCAAAGACUACGCAGUGCAGCAGUUUGUCCGUGACAUCAGGGUUCAUCAGAUCCUAGAGGGAACAAACGAGGUGAUGAGGAUGAUUAUUUCCCGAAACCUUCUGACUGAGUCGUGAUGAAUCUCCCUCUUUCUGGGUCUGGAUGUGACUUCACUAGUGACCAUAUUGUUUUGGUCUCCACUGCUGGUUUUGUUACUGUGUGACUUGUUUCCUGAAUUGCCUCCAGCAUCAUAGUUUUUCAAAGGGUGAGAAAUGUAUAUUAGGGUUUUUUUUGGUUUUAUUUUUAGCUACAGUGAAAAAUCAUGAACUGCUCAUCUCAUUCUGGUCCAGAGUGAAAUAUUUCAGUCAACAUUGCACAGAUCGUCAAAUAACAUGUCAUUCAGCGCCAUCUGCAGGUCAGAGUCUCCUCCUGUCCAACACUUAAGUGAUGAUUGGAUUUCCAGCUAUUCUGCUUAUUAAUGCUAAUACAACACCGUUAAGCAUUUUGAAUGCUAACAUUAGCACACAGCUCAAGGCACAGCUGAAUGCAGUUACAUCUAAACUGCACAAAUCACAUGUGAAGCUCACAUUGUUUAAGUGCAGGUUGUUGCAGAUGAUCACUGACGGUGUCAAUCAGUCUGUUAAUAUCGGGCUGAGCCUGUGAUGUAAUGUUCACAACCACAUGGAAACAAAACAGUUACUCUGGCUCCACCUGCAGGAAAAAAACGGUUUUCUUUAGAUUUUUCAUCGUAAAUAUCUAAUUCCUGUCAAUCUGCUCGUGUAGAUAUGUUUAGUCUUGUUACAAAGCUGCUAAAACUACUGAAAAUCAUUUAACACCAACCACUAACACAAAGUGCUAAUAAAUAUACAUAUAUUUACAAUAAAUAUACUGUACCUCUGCCACUGUACUCUACUUCUGCCAAGGCCAAACUAUCCUCUGUCCAGUUCUUAUAGUAGAAACAUAAUAGGUCUGAUAAUCUAAAACUUAGAUUUUCUAGAAGUUCUUUGUCCAAGAACAGUCACAGUGCACCACAACUGCACCCAGCCACCUGUGUUAUGACAAAUACAUCAUUAAGAUUCAUCAUUAAGUGCUUUAUAGUCCAGGGUGAACUCCGCCAGCUGGGAUAGGCUCCAGGCUCCCCUCUGUGAUCUUUACAGAAUAAGCGAUAUGGAUGAAAAACAUAGUGAAUCUGCCUCUUAAAACGCAAAUGCUGCAACAUUUUAUUUUUUCUUGGUGUGAUGGAAAUCUGUUAAGUAGUUUCACCGUAAUCCUGUGUAAAUCUCCUUGGCCGAGGUCAUUAUGUGGUUGUUUUAUUUCACAUAUCUACAGUUUGUCACAUGCAACCUCAGUGUCUUUUCAAAACCUCCGUUACUGUAUCGUUACUGGCUGUUGUUACUGUGUUUUCUGUAAAGUUAGUGUUAUAUGGGUCGUAUGUUAAAAUGUAAUUUUACAAUUUGCAAAUUA